CCCUUUCUUUGCUCCAUUAGUCUUCACUUCAAUCCGUUCAUUUUCAUCACAGAUCCCUAUGAGUUGACAAUACCAAGCGUGCGGGAUGGAAGAGAUGCUUUUUUUGCUCGUCCUGGCUUGCUAGAACGACGACGGCUUAUCACAAGUUUUUAACCCUUUUCUACUUCUGGAGAGCCUCGAGGAUUUGAUUUUCUCUUCUCAAAAACCUCCCACGGGCACAUCUUGCCUGCAUUACUUUGCUUUUCUACCUGUAUCGAUUGAAGUGUAUUUAUUGUGUUCUGGUGCUUUGUUUUGGUCGAAUCAGGGUCAUCACAUGACAACGCUCAUACGUUCGCCAAACCCUGAAGUUUUUGACAUCGUCUGUCUUCGACAUUGAGGCAUUAAAGCCAUUCUUCUUUUCUAUCUCUUUGAGUCAGGCUGCUCAUUGAAGCGCUGCAUCAUAUCAGACUCGUAUCAAAAUGGCGGCUGAAGGCCCCCCAUCUACGGAUAUGGGUAGCCAACAGGCACCAGCGAAAGGAAAUGCCCCUACGUGUUACAAUUGUGGGGAUUCGGGGCAUUACUUUGAUGCAUGCCCAGAACCGGCUCGAAAGAUUCCAGUUGGACUAGCUGCUGCUCAAGCUGCCAAGGCCAACGCAGGGCCACAAAGCCACCAUGGAGGCUAUGGAGGCCAAGAUCAUAGAUCUAAGCGCCAGAAAACUGGAUCUGGCCCAGUGGUCACUAGAUAUCCAGUUCCAGGCCCAGUUGUGACCAAAUUUGGUCCCCCACCAAACCAGCACCCACCAUAUGGGGGACCUCAAGGUUACAACGGAAUGCCUCCCCAGCAAUUCCCCCAAGGCCAGUAUGGUCACCCACAGCAACAAUUUGCCCCGCAGAAUGGUUAUCCCCCAUACGGUUAUCAGGGGCCUCCCAUGCCUCAAGGAUACAAUCAAUACGGCCAUCAUCCACCUGCGCCAUACGGCCAAGGCUAUGGACCAAUGCCUCCACAAGGUCAAAGCUAUAGCUAUGGGCUACCAAGCGGCCCGUACUAUGGGCAACCAUACGGGUCACAAGUGCCAUAUGGGCCACCUGUUCCACAGCAGUACCCUCACCAAGCGCCGGUGCCAUAUCCUCCACAGCACUCUCAGGUUCCCUACCAGCAGCAGAAUAUGCAGCAACCGGCCGGCUACGGUCCACCGCAGCAUGCGGGGCCUUAUCAACCUGGACCAUAUCCUCAGGGUGGGCCCCACGCACCACCAAACCUUUAUAAUAUGCCGCCACAACAUCCACAAGCACAUGCCCAAGGGCAGCCACCUGUGCCCUACCAGUCCUUCCAGGGACAGGGUACACAGGGAUACAAUGAGAACAAUGGGCCUUACCCUAAUCAACAAUCCCAACAAGGGGUUCAAACUCCAGUUCCAAUUCAUGGCUCCCCGGCAGCGGGUGGCCCUUCAAACAAUAGUGAUCAAGGCAGUGCACAAGCAGGAAAAUCUUCUGGGCAACCUGAGUCUGCCCACGAUCGUCCCAUCGAUGAUGGGGCUGCCAUUAAAAACCAGCCUACGCAUUCAACUAACUGUGCAGAGAGUACGGAAGGCAGCCUUAGCCACGAUACGAUAGAUGAAUUCGACAUCGAUUGGGAAGACUCGGUGUUCAACGACCUGCUUACGGUGGUUGCUAUUGCGAUUUUAACUCCUCUAAGCACACAACUUGAUGAGGAGCCUUUGACCUCUGAUGCCAGCGAUGCUCCGAUAAAGAGCAAAUAUGUGCGCCCCGGAAACCUCGAGGUAUUCAUAUUGCCUAUACAGAAGUCGCUGCACUGGGCAAUCCUGCACACAGAUCCAGCUCUGGCAAAGAUUGAUGAAGCAUACCCUGCAGUGCCCUUCGAGAUGUGGGAAGAGUAUCGCGAGGAGCGAAAGAAGCGGAAGAUGCUUGAGGCCCGCCUGCGAGACAAUACAUGGGAUAAUCAAUUGCACGAGGACGUCCAAGUAGCCGCAGAUGAUCAAUCGAUGAGAGAAAGUUCCACUGAAUCUAUGGAUCGCCAAGAGAGCAACCGCUCCGGAGUCAGACAGUUCUCUGCUGGUUCUCAGCGAGAUUCAAGGUCCAGGUCCAGGACCCCGGGGUAUAGCCGUCGAGGCACUCCGACUCUUGAUGAUGAGGAUGAGCUGUGGGCUUCACGACCUGAUGAAGCACCGGUUGAGACGGUUGCAUACGUUGAUCCAGCCGAGGCAGUGCUUGCGUCACUUGGUGUGACGGGCGCUCCAAAGCCAGUUUCUGUGAAUACCGCAGUAUAUAAUGAUGGACAGAAGGAACCUUCCAGUCCACGGAGGCAGCAGAUGAGACAGGAUUCCGGGUAUGCCAGUGCCCGACCGUCCAUUGGCCGUCAAAGUUCAUGGAACAAUGGACCAGCCUUUCGACGACCAUCCAAGCCGACACGCCAUCGUUCGGGAUAUGACGGCUGCAUCGAUAGCCCAAUAUCUGAAGUUUCUAUGCGAAGCCAUAAUUCCGAGCGUGAUGUUAGCAAGCAAGGGUCAAAGAGCAUGAGCCCCGUAGAAAGCCCGUUGUCGCCAACAUCCGCGGCAUUGGUUGGUGAAGCUCCUGCUUCUAAUGAAGACCGUUAUCGAAGCAGGGAGCCUUUACGACAAAACGACGAUCAGUAUGUCAAGAAACGGCCACAGCCAAAGGUUGCUGAAGCAUACAGCCGCCGAUGGUAGAUUCCUACCUUUUGCGCAUCCGGCGAACGAUCGCGCCAUACUCGACUACACCUCCGUGGCUUAUUCACUUCUCUAAUUAUAGGUUAUUAUUUAUCGACACGACCGGACGACACAGCAUUGGGUUGGGACAAUGGAGUAUAUAUGUAGAACUUUUGGUGGUUUUUUCCUUUUCCUCAGGGCCCUUCGAACUUUUACGUCUUGUCAGGCCCACUCAAAACAUUCUCUUCUUUUUCCUCAAUCUCUCUCCCAGACAAGUGCGAGGGUUAGAACAAACUUAACGUUUUAAUGUGCAACUACUUCUUGGUCAUGGAAAUAUUUCUUCGUUCAAAUGAUAUUUUACUCGUGGGGCGGCGUUCGUGGGUUUCAUAGGGGCGGAUUGGGUCGUUGGAGGUGCUGGGGCAAAAUCAACGAUACUGUCAUGAGGAUCCAAUGGUCCGCAUUGUUAUUAGUGUAAGAACAGGGGUUUCGUUUUCGGUCUAUCAAAACAAGAUAAAACAAAUAAAAUUAGCACGUUUCCAG